AUUACGAUCAGGGAAAGUGGGGUCUACGAUUUCGUAUAAAAGCGCAUUCAGAUCUCAUGGCAAUCACACUCGACAUCUCAUCACGCAGAAUCAGCAGAUUCAAAACAUUCGACAAAAUGAAAUUUCUUAUUGUAUCUCUCGCUAUAGUCGCCGUUGUUGUGGCCCAACAGCCACACCAACAGCCGCUGGCUAUUCUGAGGCAAGCGCAGGACAUCUCGCCCGAAGGAUCUUACAGCUUCGGCUAUGAAACCGAGAACGGAAUCUCUGCUUCCGAGCAGGGCUCGCCACAGCCGGUCGGACCCAAGGGAGAACACGCGGUCGUCGCCCAGGGUCAGUAUCAAUACACCGCUCCCGACGGCACCCCGAUCGCCGUUUCAUACUCCGCCGACGAAACCGGAUUCCACCCACAGGGUGCUCAUUUGCCAGUUGCCCCACCCGUGCCUGAAUUGAUCCAGAGGGCCGUCGACUACGUCCUGGCUCACCCACAACCCGAGCAUCUUAAACAUCAAUAAAUGAUCUAUGAUGUUUAGCAAUAUUUCCGGACAAAGCGCAUACCUCUCGAGCCAUGAUAUACAAAUAUAUAUAUAGAUUUCUUUAUAUAAAUAAAACAUUUCCUAAAAACUUCUUAGUGUAUCCAUUUGAUGAUCAGACAAAUCCAAUACGCAAUACCUUGUCAAGAAUAGCAAAUUAAAGACGACAA